UGCCAGACUCGUAGCUUACGGGGGCAGGGGAGUGGGUGGGGGCCGGUAUUUCUUGGGCUUGUGAAUAACUGCCUGAGUCGUUGCAGUCUAGGCAGAUAAGACGCGAGUCCUUGGGGUGGGCAAGUCGCCUGGGCUGGGGAUGCCUGGGCAGAUGUGGAGGCAGUGGGGAAGGUGGCACAGCAGUUGGGUUGCUGGAGCUACGCUGUUCCUAGGAGACGGAGGAGCGGCAAGCCUGCGGGGGAGGGGGAGCAAGUGGGUUGCUGCUUUUAGCUGCUGAAAGGACUGCAGGGAGCUCUGGGUAAGACAUUUUCUGUUGCUGCUGCUUCUGCGGUAGAAGCUGCCGCUAGUAAGUCAGAGGAAGGAGGAUCGAGAGGGAGGAGGCUUCAUUUGCAGCCAUGCUGAAUCACUGUUGCUGAUCAGAUCUGCUGGCUGGCUGCGAGAACUGAGAGCAGAGCUAGGAUCUCUGGGUGCAUGCACAAUUCAGCAGCUGCCACCCCCGCUGGGCCUCGCACAAUGGAGGCUGAAAGCACCAAGCUGAGCUCCCAGUCCUCGAUUCAGGCUGGGGAUGAUGAGAAGAACCAGAGGACUAUCACUGUCAAUCCUGCCCACAUGGGGAAGGCGUUCAAGGUUAUGAAUGAACUGAGGAGGUACAUUUCCUAUUUUGCCUGUGCCCUUUUGGAAGCAACUUGCCUGUAAGAAGCUGUUGUGUGAUGUGAUGAUUGUGGCAGAAGAUGUCGAGAUAGAAGCCCACCGAGUGGUCCUGGCAGCCUGCAGCCCCUACUUCUGUGCAAUGUUCACAGGUGACAUGUCUGAGAGUAAAGCCAAGAAAAUUGAAAUCAAGGACGUGGAUGGGCAAACACUGAGUAAGCUGAUUGACUAUAUCUAUACGGCUGAAAUUGAGGUGACUGAAGAGAACGUCCAGGUGCUGCUCCCAGCAGCCAGCUUGCUGCAGCUCAUGGAUGUUCGGCAGAACUGCUGUGACUUCCUUCAGUCUCAGUUGCAUCCCACCAAUUGCCUGGGCAUCCGCGCAUUUGCAGAUGUGCACACCUGCACCGACCUCCUGCAGCAGGCCAAUGCUUAUGCAGAGCAGCACUUUCCAGAGGUGAUGCUGGGGGAAGAAUUUCUUAGCCUAAGUCUGGACCAGGUGUGCAGCUUGAUAUCCAGUGACAAGCUGACUGUUUCUUCAGAAGAGAAGGUAUUUGAAGCUGUAAUUUCAUGGAUCAAUUAUGAGAAAGAUACUCGUUUAGAGCACAUGGCGAAGCUGAUGGAACAUGUCCGUCUCCCUCUUCUACCUAGAGAUUACCUAGUCCAGACAGUUGAAGAAGAAGCUUUGAUAAAGAAUAAUAAUACCUGUAAGGACUUCCUCAUUGAAGCCAUGAAAUAUCAUCUGCUCCCUUUGGAUCAGAGACUCUUGAUUAAGAAUCCCAGGACCAAGCCCAGGACUCCAGUCAGUUUACCCAAGGUCAUGAUUGUGGUCGGUGGCCAGGCGCCGAAGGCGAUCCGCAGCGUGGAGUGCUAUGACUUCGAGGAGGACCGAUGGGACCAGAUUGCCGAGCUUCCGUCCAGGAGGUGCAGAGCAGGUGUGGUGUUCAUGGCUGGCCACGUGUAUGCUGUGGGCGGGUUUAACGGCUCGCUGCGUGUGCGGACAGUGGAUGUGUAUGACGGUGUGAAGGACCAGUGGACGUCCAUUGCCAGCAUGCAGGAACGCCGGAGCACACUGGGGGCAGCCGUGCUCAAUGACCUGCUCUACGCCGUGGGGGGCUUUGAUGGCAGUACUGGCUUAGCAUCGGUGGAAGCCUACAGCUACAAGACCAACGAGUGGUUCUUCGUGGCCCCAAUGAAUACACGGCGGAGCAGUGUGGGUGUGGGUGUCGUGGAGGGAAAGCUCUAUGCUGUUGGCGGUUACGACGGGGCUUCCCGCCAGUGCCUGAGCACCGUGGAGCAGUACAACCCGGCGACCAACGAGUGGGCGUACGUGGCGGACAUGAGCACCCGCCGCAGCGGUGCAGGGGUCGGGGUCCUCAGCGGACAGCUGUAUGCCACGGGAGGGCACGACGGGCCCUUGGUGAGGAAGAGCGUUGAGGUUUAUGAUCCCGGAACAAACACCUGGAAGCAGGUGGCCGACAUGAACAUGUGCCGGCGCAAUGCAGGGGUCUGUGCGGUGAACGGGCUCCUGUAUGUGGUUGGAGGGGAUGACGGAUCCUGCAACCUGGCUUCGGUGGAGUACUACAAUCCCGCCACUGACAAAUGGACGCUGCUGCCAACCAACAUGAGCACAGGGCGGAGCUACGCAGGUGUUGCUGUGAUUCACAAGCCCUUGUGACCCCUACCUCCCACUUCCAGGACGUGGGGUAAGGGAGGGGUGCUGCCUGGGACUCAAAAGAGAGGGGUCACGUCAGCUGGAUCACACUCGCGGGGAGAGCCUGCAGCGGAGUGAGAACCGUCCUCCUCUGACUUGGCAGAGUGGAGUCUGGAGUGAAGACUCGGGCCCCACCUCCUGCACCUCUGAGGGUGUUUGGUCUCUGCCCGAGCCAUGGGUUCUGAUGGCUCUGGGCUACAGGGAGAACGUGUGUAUGAGAAUGUGUGUGUGUGUGUGUGUGUGUGUGUGUGUGUGUGUUGUGUGUGCGCGCCUCAGAGAGAGAGUGUUGUGUGUGUGUGUGUGUUUAGAACAGGAUAUCUCACUAAGUUGGGGUCGGGGUGUGACAGGCUACUGGAUUUCUGUACUACUGAUCCUUCCGCUGUGCUAAAAAUCAAAUCUCAGAAACUCUCUUCCUGUGGGCGCCUUAGACUAUGGCUGCCUCUGCCUCCAGGAUGUCCAGUUGGACAGGGAUGUCAAGAAAUGACUGGCAAGGGAGGCAGUGCUCUGAUGCCCACAUGCUGGCUUGACUCUGGCUCUGAAGAGAUGAGCAUUUUCAGACUGCACCGUGACCUCUCUGUGCUAGAGCUAGGAGCAAACGGGCUCUUCCUUGGUCUCUUCUGCAGGAAACACACAAGAGCUGCUGUCUUUGGACCACUGGUUUUUGAUGUCAUGAAUCCCAGGUUUGGGAAGUUUGUGUCUCUUCAGCUAGCUCUUCAGAGGAGCCCCAAGUAACACACUAGGAAAAAAUACAUGAAAAACAAAAACAAAAACACCAAAGUGGAAAGGCUUCUGGCCACAAAGGUCUCAGAGAGAAGCCUACUUCUGGAUUUCUCCAGGAUAUGCAAGUCCCCAUUAUAUUUAUUAUCCAGAAGUAAUUCUUCCCAAAAUCCUUUUUACCAUCGAAAGUGUUCUGAUAUGGAGGAUAAGUAAGAGGUCACCCUACCUCCCACCCACAGCCUGGUUUGUCCUGCAUCGGAUGGGGUCGCAUGUGCUUCAGACGUCAUGGAUGGAAGGAAUAUACCAGCUGGGCUUCUCGUUGGCACUUCAUGAUGGUGGUCAAGUCUGUUUCAGGUCCUUGUCUUCCUGUCCUUGUGCUCUGUACCCUCUCUCCAGCCCUCAGAACACUCCCCUCCUCCUUACUUCCCCUGUGGAGAAGGAGACGGCAGGCUCUGGAUGUGUGCUCUCUCUCCGGGGGAACUGCAUUUUAAGAGAGGAGCUAAAGAGAAUUUUGCUAGUUCACAGGCAAAAGUUAUUAAAGACCAUUUCAAGAGUCUGCAGGGAGGUAUUUGAGGGUGCACAGAGUCAUUUGCAUUAAAAAUAACCUUAAAGCUAUGCUGUUCCUAAAUUAGCAAGUUGCUAACAUUGGGAUUUCUGGCAUAAGGAGGGGAGGUCUUGUGUCCGGGGUUUAACCUUCCAUGAUGUCAGGGUCCCCGCAGAGGGAGCCGAGGGGCUUAUGAGCCUGACACUGGACUUGUGAUUCAUCUGGGCUCCUUCCAAGUGGAUGCUGUAGGAGACCAGCAUUCCCUUCCCCUCAUGCUCACAGUUGGAAACCCGGGAUCUUCCCCGGCUAGUUGGCCACUUUGUGUAUUUACAGUAUAUUGUGCACUAAAAACUGGAUUCUCUUGAAGAUGAAACUUUCAUGUUGAGCAGAUGUCAUUUCAAUGAGAGAUCUGGAGAGGACCAAGGCACCCAGAAUUUCUAGAUUUGGGAAGAGGCCAGAAUACCAGCUUUGGUGGGACCGUGAGAAAUGCCUUCAGGGGAGUCGGGGCACACUUCCAGUUGGUGCUCUGCUCUCACCAGCACGGAGACACAGAGACACGGAGACACGGAGACACGGAGACACGGGGACACGGAGACACGGAGACACGGAGACACGGAGACGGCUAGUUUUAGAGCCCUGCUGCUCUGGGUUGGAAGCUGAUGGAAUGAGCUUUUUGUUCCAAAUGCUCUUCCUCCCUCUCUGCGGGAGGUUUUGGACUUAGUUUUGGUGUGUGUGUGUGUGUGUGUGUGUGUGUGUGUGUGUGUGUGUUGGGGAUGAGGGUGAGAUUGGGUCUGAUGUGUGCUGUUCCCACAGCUGGUUUCAGAUCCCAUCCCCUCCCCUCCACAUAGCAGCUGGACUUCCACGCUUGUGUGGGAGAGACUGCUGUUUGUAUGUCGUCUUCCCAGCGGGUCCCUUCCCUGAAAGCUAGCCAUCUUUCUUGCUUUUGGGCUUUUGCUAUUGGUUCCCCCUCAUGCCUCUCCUCCAAGGAAGCACCGCCCCCUACUGGUGGUGCUGCUCAGGCCACGUUCAUUUUCUCCUUGUGCCCUUUCUCCCUGGGACUGGGACACUGGUAUGUCAUCACUAAAAAGCCAAACUGCUCUAACUGCCCACAGAUGCCAUAAAAACUAGAUGCCUCUUUGUCACCAGGUACUAUUCUCUCUCCACUGUGGACAAGCAUACUUAUUUUCAAGUCCAUGCUGGUCACGUGGUAGACGAACCCCCCAACCCCCAUGCAGGUGGCCACAACUACUUGUGAAUGCAGCUUUUUGCCGGUGAUGUGUCUGAAAUCCCAUCACAGUCAUGAAAUAGAAUUGUGGCCCAAGGUAAGAAGCAGCUUAGAUGCCACUUGGAUAUUGAUUUGGACUACACAGAAGCCAGACUCUGAAUUCCAAAGUAAUUUCUCAUACAUACCCAAAGGCAUCUCUCCACCUAAAAGUUGCAGUAUUAUGCAAAUGAAAGUGACCUCAUUUUCUCUAUGCAAUAAGAACACUCAAUUUUGUUUCAUGGCACACCAGUUGCAACAUCCCUUAAAAUGCUUUUUGAGCUGUCUUACUUUUGAUAUUUGUUGUGUGAUGUUCGUAUAUUCCUGAGCCAGAUCCUUUCAGAGACUGCCUUUUUAUAAAAUCAAAGCUAUAGCUUUCAGGCAAAAACUUAAUGUAGGUAUUUUUAUAAGAUAAUUUUUCAGGAUAUUUGAAUUGCUUUUUGUUGUCCAUGAUAAUGAAAUGUUUUGGUCUGUCCGUCAGUCACUCUUAGUCCAUGCCUAUAGCUAUCUUCCCUACAUUUCUCAUGUUCCCAAAUGGAUUUUCAGAAGAUUAAUUCUCAUAUGUCUUCAGAUGAAAAGUGUUUUCUUUUUAAGAUCUCCUGGAUAGGAUCUGGGUUCCUUUGGUCUCUGUUCUCUGGCUCCAGAUAGAAAACACAGUCACCACCGGUGUUUCCUGAAACCCUUGGGACUAAUGUUAAGCCUCCUCAGCACUCAUCCACCUGCGUCUGCUCUUUUGGAGUUUGCUUCCUGCAGUGGUGAGGCUGGUUGGCACAGCCUGGUCACUGUGGCUUAGUGAAGCUCAGAAAAAAGCCUGCCCCCCAGGACCUGCUCCCAGGAGAGUCCUAGGUCCAGUAGACCCAUCCUCAUCUCUUCUGUCUCCUCAGUCUUCUGAAGCUUCCAGCAGCUGAAGGCCUUUGCAGCCAGGUGAUGCCCCUUUGGAAGCCUGUUGCCUGUGAACUUACAGAGGGUCACUCUCAUGACCCCAGGAAGAAUGUGCCAAGCAUGUGCUUCCUGGCUGCUCACAUUACACUUACAAAAGUACUUGUUUCUUGGGCUGUGUCUAUACUCUAGGUCUCUUUUGUGUAUUUAUCUGCCAUUAGCCUCAUUAAAAAUACUUUAUUUUUUAUUACUAUUGGGAUAGGUGCCAUUUGAAUUGCCUCCAUGUUCCCCAUUUGCACCUUGUUGGGUCAAGUUGGGAAGCUGAGCAAACUCAUUCCAGCAAGCUGGAGUUUUCAAGUGUUUGCCGAGAGAAGCAAGGAGGUUGGAAUGUAUUUUCUUUAAGUGUUUGCACUAUUCAGAGUUCUAAGCCCUCAUGCCCAGCUGUGCUGGGCACCUACUGACCAUCAGGGGAGCUGGCAGCUCUGCCAGCAUCGGGGACGGAGGAUCACACCUCGCAGCCUGUGCAGCUCGUCACGGGACUCACAUGGAUCAGCCACGGCAGGAGCACACGGGACUGUGGCGUUUGGAGAAACAAAUCGCUCCUGUGCUAUGUUCUUGCCUUUGGUUAUGAAUUUAAAAUUAUCCCGCCCCCCUUUCAGUGGCAAUAAAGGACCCUCAUUGGACUUAAUUUGUAUAUGAUGUGUAAAAUACUUUCUUUGAAAGGAAACUCAAGACACUGAAUGUGUAUGUCUGUGUGGGCACUCUGUCUGUGAUUGUCCAUAGGCAGGCAGACUUAACCACUGACCCGUCCAAUACAUUGCAUAGGAAAGACCCUUGUCUGGUGGUUUCUGCUCGGACAGCAGGGACUGUCUAUGUUGUAAACCAACACUCAUCACAUGCUCGAUCAGUUACAGUGCUCUCCGAAGAAACAGUUCCUUGGGUGUAUCAUUUUAACAGGAAUCAUGUUCUAGUUUCCCACACUUUGUUACUUCCAUUUUAAUAAAAGCUGAACUGUGAGAACCUU